ACAGAAAUCUUAGAGAGAGAAUUAAAAUGGCAAAGAAGAUAUGGGUAGUGCCAUUUUUUGGGCAGGGCCAUCUCUUUCCAAGCAUGGAGCUCUGCAAACAAGUAGCUUCCCGAGACUUCAACACCGUCCUUGUUAUUCCUUCCAACCUCUCCUCCUCAGUUCCCGCCUCUCUUCGCCAACAUCCACGUGUUGAAAUAGCCGAAAUCCCUUCUUCUGUGCGGGAUCCUACGCUUCCGGGUUCUGAUGACCCGACCCAUCACCACCAUGGGCACCGCAACAGUAUGGGAAUGGGCCUUGAGAACCUCCUCGAGGCCCGAACAACGGGCCCCGAUGGCGUUCAGCCUGCUUGUGCCGUCGUUGAUGUUAUGAUGGACUGGACGGCUGAGAUCUUCCAGAAAUUUGAAGUUCCAACGGUUGGGUUCUUCACCUCUGGCGCGUGCUCUGUCGCCAUGGAGUAUGCCCGUUGGAAGGCCCACCCGAUUGAUGUCAAACCCGGGGAGGUCCGUUUGUUGCCUGGACUACCGGAAGAAAUGGGCGUCACUUACUUGGACACUAAACAACAACAUCAUAGGCCGCCGGGCCACCGGGCAACACAUCAUAGUGCUGGACAGCCAGGCCCAUUCUUGGGUUCUACCCCACCAGACCCACCGCCACCCUUCGGUGGGCCAUGGUCACAGAGAAAGGGCCCGCCCAAACCGGGUGAUCACCCGCUAUGGUUAGACGGAAUUAAGGGAUCCAUUGCACUGAUGAUCAACACAUAUGAUGAUCUCGAGCGUCCGUUCAUCGAGUACAUAUCUAGUCAAAUUGGGAAGCCAGUCUGGGGCGUGGGCCCACUUUUGCCCGAACAAUAUUGGAAAUCUGUCGGUUCUAUCGUCCAUGAUCACAAAAUUCGAAAUAAUCGACAGUCGAAUGUCACGGAGGAUGAGGUGAUCCAAUGGUUAGAUUCAAAACCACGUGGUUCGGUGUUAUACGUGUCUUUCGGCUCUGAGGUGGGCCCCUCAAUUGAGGACUACCCACAAUUGGCCGAUGCAUUAGAAGCGUCAACCCGACCAUUCAUAUGGGUGAUCCAACCCGGUUCAGGUAAACCGGGGCCUCGGAUGCCACUGGGUUCAGACUCGGUUGAAGAAGGCUAUUUUCCUCAUGGACUGGACAGCCGAGUGGGCCAAAGGGGUUUGAUAGUACGUGGGUGGGCCCCACAGUUGUUGAUACUGAGCCACCCCUCGACGGGCGGGUUCUUGUCUCACUGCGGUUGGAAUUCGACAGUGGAAGCAAUUGGGCGGGGUGUGCCAUUCUUGGUGUGGCCCAUUAGAGGGGACCAAUAUCACAAUGCAAAGUUGGUGGUAGCCCACCUAAAAGUGGGAUACAUGGUUUCUCAUGAUUUUACUGAGAAGAUGAAGAAAGAGGACAUUGUUCAGGGAAUAGAGAGAUUGAUGGAUGAUGGAGAGGCAAAACAACGAGCAAUUACACUCGCAGCUAAAUUUGAGAAUGGCUUUCCAAUUAGUUCUUCGGCUGCUUUGGAUGCUUUUAGAGAUUUCCUAUAUGACACAACAGUUUAAGGUCCUUUUUAUUGCUUUCACUCUAGCGACAAAGAAAAGAGACUUAACGAAGAGUGCAAAAUGAAGGGGUGAUAAACAAUCGGCUAAUCUCUCUAGUGUUGCUUCUUCUUUUAUGGUGUUCUAAAAGCACUGCUUUUUUUUUUUUUUUUUUUUUUUGAGGAGAUCAUGUGAUUAAGAUUCGACGGUUAUAGUUUGUAACAAGCAUUAUUCCUUGUAACAAAAUUGAUUCUCUAUUACUA